UCAUCCUAGACAAUACAAGAAAGGAAGAGCAGAUACACUUAAACAAAUAAGUCUCUUUUUCUUUCCUUUCAACAAAUAUUUUAAUCCAUGGAUGCUGGAAUUAUUGUUUCUAGUUUGAUUGAAAAAAUGAAAAAUACUGAAUCAACAACAGUUCAAACCCUGAUUGGAAAACAGCUCCAUUUGUUGAAAGAAUUUCUCAUAAAAAACAAUCAACUCUUCUUACAGGAUCAUCCAACAAGUGAGCAGAAGAUGACCGAGCUUCUGCAAGCAGUUUAUUCCGCAGAGGAUUGCAUUGACACCGGGCUUACGAGGAAAUCGAAGAGUUUGAGAAGAAAAUUAAAUGAACAGAGACUGAGAUUGCUUGACUCUAUAGAUUAUUUGAUGGAUGACAACAAUAGAAGCAAAGAGUUGCUUGAGUGUAGCGAAGAGUUGCGGAAAGAGGGCGAAGAGUUGCUGAAAGAGAGCGAAGAGUUGCUGAAAGAGGGCGAAGAGUUGGGCGAAGAGUUGCUGAAAGAGCGCGAUGAGUUGCUGAAAGAGCGCGAAGAGUUGCAGAGACGGAGAGUGGAUAAUUACAGAAAGAGAUUCUGGAAUCGCGAAGAAAGAAAAUCAGUGUACAUUCAAUUUGGGAGACAGGAAAUGCGAACAAAAGAAUAUUUAAAAGAAGGAGAAAGAUUGCAGAAAGAGAGAGAAAGAUUGCAGAAAAAGAGAGAAAGAUUGCAGAAAGAGAGAGAAAAAAGAUUGCAGAAAGAGAGAGAAAGAUUGCAGAAAGAGAGAGAAAGAUUGCAGCCUUCCAUGCGCUUGAGGCCAUUUUUUAGCACCAAUGAGAUGAAGGAACUGGAAAUUGAUCUCCAGGCCUUAUGCUGUCAAACUGAAAAUGAAGGCAGUGUUGGCUUCUCAAUUCAAACCAACUUUGAAAAUUACAGAGCCUGGGAAAGAAUUGCUGAUUUUUGUUUAAAGGAGGAAACAGAUGUUGUUGGUGUUGAACAACAAAUAGAGGAAUUGGUAGCUCGGUUAAUUCCCAAACCCGAUGACGAUGAUCGAGGUCAGUCCACUCAAGUCAUAGGAGUUGUUGGUGAGGGAGGCUCCGGCAAAACAACUUUGGCAAAAAGUGUAUACAAUAGACCUGAUGUGAAGCAACAUUUCACCCAACGUGCUUGGGUUCAUGCCUCUAAUGUUUCCAAAGCUAGAGAUGUGUUCAUGGACAUACUAAAUCAAAUUCAUCCGGAUGGGUUCUUCCUGGAAGCAGUAAUGUCAGAUGAAGAAGUAAUGGCUAAGCUUACUGAAGUCCUAAAAACGGCCAGGCAUCUUAUUGUCGUUGAUGAUAUCGAGGCGUUCCAAGUUUCUCAAUCUCUCCAAGCUGCUCUUUGUUCCUCAUCAUCUCAUGAUAGCAGAGUAAUUAUCACUACUCGCAAGAAAAGUUUUUUACUGUCGGAGGCUACUCAUUCAGCUUUACGUGUACGCAGAUUAAACCCCGAGAAUGCCUGGAAAUUGUUCUCAAAGAAGGCACUAUCAGAAUCAGAAGAUGAGUCGAAGGUCAUAGAGUUCAAGGAGCAAAUCCAAAAUAUUCUAAGUGGUGGUUUAUCUUUACAAGUGGUGGUGCUUGGAAGUUUGUUGUCUACUAAUGAAGGAAACCAUGAUAAGUGGUCAAAAGUGAUUGAGCGUGCAAUUACUAAUUUCAGGGGAGAUGUGUUAGCUUUAAGCUAUCAAGAUUUACCUGCACAAGUAAAAUCAUGUUUUCUUUACUUGAUGCUUUUUCCUAUAGCAUUUGAGAUCCCUGUGAGGAGGUUGAUUCAUCUGUGGUGUGCUGAAGGAUUUACGACAUCAUUUGACUCUCAUUAUCAGAAUAUAGACCCGGAAGAUGUUGCAGAGAUGUACUUUGAAGAACUAGUUAUCAGAAACUUGAUUCAAGUAACUAAAUGGAGAUAUGGUGGAUGUCCAAAAUCAUGUCGCAUCCCCAGAGUUGUAUAUGAUGCCUUCUGUCAAAAAGCAUCGGAUCUGGGGUUCGUUUACAAUCCACAAAAUUCAUCUCAUACAUCCAACCAAAUUGUUGUUCGGCGACUUUCACUUUACUUGAAUGACAUCAAGUCAUCUUCAAAUCAUCCUCAUCAUCUUCGCCAUGUACGUUCUUAUGUUGCUUUUGACUCCCAAAUACGAGGCCCAGGUACUGUAGGAAUUGAAUUCUUUCUCAACUCCUCUAUUUCUAAUAGGAGCUUUCGCUUGCUAAAAGUGCUUGAUCUUGAGGGUGUACACAAGCCUGAGAUAGGAUAUUAUUUUGUGGAAAAACUGUUGCUGUUGAGGUAUCUAGGCUUGAGAUCAACUUUUAUUGAGUACCUUCCACAUUCUGUGUGGAAAUUACCAGAUUUGAAGACUUUAGAUUUGAAGCGCACGCACUUAACCAACUUUCUAAGAGGAAUACCUAGCUUCGCUGCACAAAGGCUGGAACAUCUCUAUUGUGACCGGAUUUUUCGGCAAUUUCCUCGCAAAUUAUUUCGUCUAAAGAACAUGCGCACUUUAUGGGGGCUAACUAUAAACGAAUAUGAUCCAUUUCUAAUGGAAUCUCUGAAAAAGCUGACAUUCCUCAGAAAGCUAAAGCUGAAGUUCAGAAGUUUGUCCGCGUCAGCACCUUAUGGAGAAAAAAUAUAUGAGUGGGCUUCUGGACUUACUACACUUCAAUCGUUGAACUUGAAGCUGGCAAACUUAGAUGAUAAACUAUCUGGAUUUGAAUUCAGAGACAUGAAAAGCUUGUACAGGCUAAAUGACCUGUAUUUGAGAGGCAGAUUAGUACCACGGAGUUAUGCAGAAUUAAAAAAUUUCUUCCCUCCAAACCUCAGGAGGUUAACUUUGUUGCUGUCGGGCAUAACAGACGACCCAAUGGGAAUACUAGGGGAGUUGCCUGAACUGAACAUCCUCAGGCUUUUUGCUGAUUCCUACGCGGGUAAAAAAAUAGAAUGUAAAUCUGGAGAAUUUCCCAAACUUCAGGUCUUGAAACUUUGGAAGCUACAAGCAGUGGAAUGUUGGAAAAUUGAGAAAGAAGCCAUGCCUUGCCUCAGAGAAAUCGAGCUCAGAAGCUGCACAAAAUUGACAUCUAUUCAAGGGUUGGAAAAUGUUACUACUUUGAAAGAUAUAACAUUAACAAACAUGCCAUCAGAAUCUCGCUCGCUGCGGCACCAUACAAAUACAUCCAUCAAGAUCAACCAGUGGUCAAACUCUCCUUAUUAACGAUUGCCGGUAACAAGUGAUCAUGAUGACUGUUAUGCAAAAGGGUUAGCGCAGUGUAAGACAUAAGGACAUCAUUGUCAAUUAUUUAGAUAUUAUGUAUUAUUCACUUUGAGCUUAUGUUUGUGGAUAUGUGUAGACUAUUUAUAUAUGUUACAUACUAGU